UGCCGAAGCUGCACUGAACACUGCUCGUCAAUAGCAGGCACACAGCUCUGAUACAGGACGCUUUAAUCAAAGCAUAAGGCUAACGGACAUUUAUUUCACAUUCAAACAGACAGCAAUGCGAAGGAAAUCGAGGAUGUUACUAUGCUUCGCGGUCCUGUGGGUGCUUGGCAUAGCAUAUUAUUUCUAUUCGGGAACAACGUUAAAUCGAAAGGAUGACUGGAACGCUAUUGAGUCAUCAAAUCAGGCCCAGGUCCACCGCAACGCAGAUGACCAAACCCACAGCCUGGAGACACUCCCCUCAGGCAAGGUGAGAUGGCAAGACUUUGACCAGGACCUAUAUGUCGGUGCUACGGUGGUGCGGCCAGGGCAGGAUCCCUACGCCCGCAACAAGUUCAACCAGGUGGAGAGUGACAAGCUGAGGAUGGACCGCGGAGUCCCUGACACCAGACACGACCACUGCCGGCAUAAACAGUGGAAGACAGAGCUGCCUGCUUCUAGUGUUAUCAUCACUUUCCACAAUGAGGCCCGCUCAGCUCUGCUCCGCACCGUGGUCAGUGUUCUUAAGAAGAGUCCCCCCCACCUUGUCAAGGAGAUAAUCCUGGUUGAUGAUUACAGUGACAACCCUGAAGAUGGAGCCUUGUUGGGGAAAAUUGAGAAGAUCCGGGUUCUUCGAAACGAUCGACGAGAAGGUCUGAUGAGAUCGCGGGUGAGAGGGGCCGACACAGCCACUGCCAGUGUUCUCACCUUCCUGGACAGCCAUUGCGAGUGUAAUGAACACUGGCUGGAACCACUCCUGGAAAGGGUGGCAGAGGACAAAACGCGGGUUGUUUCCCCCAUCAUCGACGUCAUCAACAUGGACAACUUCCAGUACGUAGGCGCCUCGGCCGAUCUCAAAGGAGGAUUUGAUUGGAAUCUGGUCUUCAAGUGGGACUAUAUGACCGUGGAGCAGAGGAGGGUGCGUCAAGGAAACCCCACUGCUCCAAUCAAGACUCCCAUGAUCGCCGGCGGCCUCUUUGUCAUGGACAAGGACUACUUUGAGUUGCUGGGGAAGUAUGACAUGAUGAUGGAUGUGUGGGGUGGAGAGAAUCUAGAGAUCUCUUUCCGCGUGUGGCAGUGUGGCGGCAGUCUAGAGAUCAUUCCCUGCAGUAGAGUGGGCCACGUCUUCAGGAAGCAGCACCCAUAUACCUUCCCUGGGGGAAGUGGCACUGUGUUUGCUAGGAACACAAGGCGAGCAGCAGAGGUGUGGAUGGAUGAGUUUAAGAACUUUUACUACGCCGCUGUGCCCUCGGCCCGAAACGUGCCCUACGGCAACAUUCAGAGCAGGAUGGAGAUGAAGAAGAGGCUCGGCUGCCAGCCAUUCAAGUGGUACUUGGAGAAUGUGUACCCUGAGCUGCGGGUCCCUGACCAUCAGGACAUUGCCUUCGGAGCUCUGCAGCAGGGAGGGAACUGCUUAGACACGCUGGGACACUUUGCAGAUGGAGUGGUGGGGGUCUAUGAAUGCCACAACGCUGGGGGAAAUCAGGAAUGGGCGCUGACCAAGGACAAGUCAGUGAAGCACAUGGACCUGUGUCUGACGGUGGUGGAUCGCACCGCAGGCUCACAAAUCAAAAUGCAGGGCUGCAGGGAAAACGACAGCAGACAGAAAUGGGAGCAAAUUGAGAGCAACUCCAAGCUGCGGCACGUGGGCAGCAACCUGUGCCUGGACAGCCGCAGCGCACGUAAUGGGGGGCUGACAGUGGAGGUGUGCAGCCCCAACCUCAACCAGCAGUGGAAGUUCACCCUCAACCUCCAGCCCUAGAGAGAGCGAGAUGGACAGACAAACACAGAGAGAGUGUAUCCCCCACCAGCACCACAUCCUCUCCUCCCCGGAGCCAAACAGACUAGAGCCACCCAUUACCAACACACACAGACGGACGGACAGACUGAGUUCCCACAACACACAGAGGGAAGCAGGAUAUUGAAACUACAGACUACCAAGUGGGAUGAUGAUGAUUUUAAUGUUGAUGAUGAUUUUAAUGUUGGUGGUGGUGAUGAUGAUGAUAAUGCUUUCCCUCCAACUAUAUACCUCAGCGUUUCAUCUUUAGUCCCGCUCUUUGGAAUGUGACAAAGUAAUUUUUCUUAUUACAGGUGAAAGGAACUUUCUGGAUGUUUUUUAUUUUGUGCGUGUCCUUUGUUCUCUCUUUCCACUGAAGUUCUGAAAUGGAUAAGACUAUUAAUUAGUAGUUUUUCUCUCUCAAGUAAUGUCUUUGUUGAAUGUAAAAGACAUAUUCUACAGAGGUUCCCUGACUAGACAGACUGGCCAGGAAGAAAGCGGAUGGUCUCAGCUGGUUUUGGCCCCUUAAAGUCCUGCUGGUAGAAGGGAAAUGACUCUAUGCACUGUUCCUCUCGUUCACUCAAACGCCUCUCUCCUGAUUGGUGGACUGCUCUGCCAGAGUUGAAAAGAGAUUAAGAAAAUUAACAAUUGACAGAGUUUUCAUUCUGCUCCUGUCACGCGUGUUGUAAGAAGGUACGUCGUCCGAUCAGAAGGGUUCUCUUCGCAGGCCUCUCAUGGAUACUGGUGGGACCAGGAGUUGUCCAGGGUGUGGAUGUAUCGCUGCUGAAUCGUCACAGAUUGUAGCACUGGCUGCUACGGCUCCUCAGUGUUUGUCCCCUUUGUACAUCACAAUUGAAUGGAACCCCCCCCCCCAAAAAAGUUAUAUAUAUAUUCAUUAUGUUUUUCUUUGCAAAAGCAGUAGUGUCCAAGUUUAUUGUAGUUUUAUUUUAUUUCUAGCAGACAUUGAAAAUGUGUUUUGUGUUCAAUUAUACUGUAGAAUAAUCAACUGAGUAACACAGUAAAUUGGACAGAUAUUUCUUUGUACUAUUGUUGCGUUCUGACUUCUCUUGUGAGUAAAACAUAUCUACUUACUUUCUAAAAAAACUAAAAUUCUCCUUUUCAGUGUCGGUGUUACCGUUGUAACUACCCUGUCAUAACCUCAUCCAAAUCAGUAUUGGUGAAGAGUGUAUUACAGGGUAAUGUUGGAACCAUCAUUUCCAUUCUCAGAAGUCUACAAGUGUUGUCGCACACAGUGUAUGUAUUUGUGAUUUUAUAAAAUGCCACUUGUUCAGCGCUAAGUGACAGACAGCAUGUACACGGCGAGGCCUUGCUGCAUGUUAUACUUCUACGUCUUUUCUCCUACAGUUUCUUUUUCUCUCCAUUUGUUUCUCGACAUUACUCGCAUGCUUUGUGAAUGAUGUCUUUGCCUUUUUUCAUAUCCAUCCCAUUUAAAAGAGAAUGUGUCUGUGUGCUAGUGAACAGGUUUCUUGAAGGAGGGCAGGUCAUUCGGCAAUAGUUAAAUGCACUCACAAGGGAGAAAAGCAAUAAGAUGUUCCUAUUUCAGUGUAAUUGUUGUGCAUUUAGCAUCUGCUUCGGGACCAUUCUGAUUGGGUUUCUACAUGUAGCUUGUGAUAUGUGGUACUUUAAACGUUACUGUUUGUUUCUGAGGGGCAGCAGAAACCACCUUUAAUGUGAUGGCCAAAGGAGCCUAUAACGACUUAUGAAAGCAACAAUUAAUCCAUUGACGUGACAUUGUUUUUGUCUCGUGGGGGUUCCCCCGAUAUCAAUGGAGAUUAAUUUAUUCUAGAGUAGCAAAUUACUUAUUAUUUAGUAAUAUUUGCUUUCUGUAUUUUGUAAGCCCUCAUUAUAUAUGCACAUAUUUACCAUAAGCAAUCUGUGUAAGUCCUACACAUCAAUCCCUGUGUGUUCUACACCAUUCUGGUCAAACUUCCUGAUACAAAAGGAAUCUCCAACCAUCAGUACAGAAAUGAGCAUCACAGCAUAUGCAGCAGUCCCUAUCUGACGCUUGUGUAAAAGGUAUUGCAUUUAAAAAAUGCCAAAGAGAGGUGUCCCACAGUAAGAGAGGAGGUGUCCCACAGUAAGAGAGGAGGUGUCCCACAGUAAGAGAAGAGGUGUCCCACAGUAAGAGAAGAGGUGUCCCACAGUAAGAGAAGAGGUGUCCCACAGUAAGAGAAGAGGUGUCC